CAGUUCGUCUCGAUUCGAUGGCCAGAUAAGAUCUCAAAAUCGAUCUAUAGCCAAGCUCUGUUGGUCAUAACCCAUAGAACCAUCAGUGUCAGUUCGGCCGUCGAGUUAGUAGCUACAAGUAACAAGUUACGUCAUGGAUCACUCCCGCAUUCUGAGAGCCACAAAUGUAGUGCUUUUACUCACGGGUUACCAGAUGCAUUGGUUCGAGAAGAAGACGCAGCGGUUCCGGUUGUCCUUGCCCGGAGUAGUCUUUAUAUUCGUCCUCGGUUGCAUCUAUGCCGCGUGCUUUGCCCAACACUUUGACUCCUCGUCAUCUCUCCUGAAAGUUCUGAGAGAUGUGUCACCAUUUCUGUUCGGACUGACCAGGAUGCAGCUCUUGUUGGGAGCAAAAGUACUCGCCUAUGCGGUCUACUGUACGGUCAAGUCAGUGGGAGCUGUGAACUCACUGGUGGAAUCUCUAACAAGCAGGGAUUCCGGUCUGAAAAAAGAUGAGGUCAUAGCCUACGUGUUGCUGGGUUCAACCUUUGCUAUACUUUUCGGCUUUGUGCUUUACAUAUCCUUUGAAAUGAAAUUCGAGCUGCCCCCGUUGCAAGAUGCCAUGGUCGGAAUGGCUCUGUUUCUGCCUCAUCUGAUUCUUGCUGGAUCCAUGAGGUUGUUCAUAGUUCUGGCUUGGCUGAGUCGCGGACAAUUGAAGCAGCUAAAGAAAAAUGCUGAGGAGGAGUUAAGUGCCCAUUUGAGCAAAGAUGAGGACAAUAUCGCUUCCACGUCCUUCACUAUUUCCACGAAAAGCUCAAGCGUGGAAUCUUUGGAAAACCUGAAGAGAAAACUGGAGGUUCUUGGAACCAAUUUUGGCUGUUUCACCCAGUCAUUGCAACACUCUUUGAUAUUCCUGUUUGCCUUGAAUGGAAACUGUCUUCUGGGAGGAAUUUAUUCGUUAACUUACUACUGGAACACUUGGCACGUCAUCUUCGAGGAACGCAAGCGAAGGAUCUUCUACGCGGCCAAUGCAUCCAUUUAUGCCUGCAUUGCCAGUGACUACGUCUGCCUGAUGUGGGUUCUUUUUACGAUGGAGAAGGAGCGGUUGAACUUUAUUAAGUGCUUAGAUUACUUUCUGGCCCAGAGGAGUUCACUAGCGAAGAAGAUGCGACCUCUUACGAAAGAUAUCAAGAGCGUUCUCAAAAGAACUUUCUACUUCAAGUUCCACUCCCUCAUCAGGUUCGAUCUCUGUUACGUGGUUUUGAUGGUAUCCGCUCAACUGCUGAUAAUUUCCUUAGUCGUGAUUUUCCACUAUCUGAACGAUGAAAUUCUGCUGCUGAGAGAAGAGUUGGACAGCAAGAACGAGGAAUAACUUUAGAUAAUAUUUACUUGCUGUGGUCUCCAUGUUUCGCAACCAAUGAUGUGCUGUGUAUAUCUUCCGGCUCUCCUCCGUCCGCUCUGCCUCCCCGAGCCAAACAGAACGGAGCAA